GUAAAAGUCAAAUUACGAGAUGGAUGAAGUUUGUCGCUUUUGCACUUUGAACUGCACCACACUUGAGAAUAUCUUCGCCGAGCGAGAUCAGACGGAUAAUGAGCCACUCCUUAUUGCUAUGCUGGAGUCUUGCACCAACUGUGUAAUCAGGGAAUCGGAUUCGUUGCCCCAAAACAUAUGUGGGCCUUGUAUAUCGGCUGCCAAGAAUGCAUUUGAAUUCAAACAUAGAUGCGAGCAAAGUCAAAAGUAUUUUAUGGAACUCCUCAACGAGUGUGAGGAGAAGCCCGAUAUCGGAGAGCUUAUUACAGGCGAUUCGUGCCUUACAGUAAGUAAUUUAGGCGAGGUCUGCAUAAAACCAGAACCAGAUGACACUGUGAACGAUGAUAACUUUAAAGGAUGUUCAACAACAAAGGAAUUAAAUGAAACUGAGGAUGAAGAUUACUCUAAAGAUGAAAGCUUAGGAACGGAAGAAUCAAAUGAAAUUGUGGAUAAAUAUGAAAUGAUAAGCAGUCGGCACUCCGAAGAAUUUCCCUACAAAUGUGAGCAAUGUUGUAAAGCUUUUAAAAAUAAAUGCGAUUUGAAAAAGCAUAGAGUGGCCCAUUCUGACGAUCGCCCCUACAAAUGUGAACACUGCCCUAAGGCGUUUAAAACCCAACUCGUUUUACGGAGGCACGCAGUGGUUCAUUCUACCAAACGCCAAUACAAAUGUGAGCUGUGCGAAAAGUCGUUUAAAACCAUGGACAGUUUAAGAGGUCACAUGCUGACUCAUACUGAUGAUCGCCCCUACAAAUGUGAACACUGUGCAAAGUCCUUUAAAAUGGAAUGUACUUUAAAAGAGCACAUUAAAAUACAUUUUGAAGAUCGCCCCUACAAAUGUGAACACUGCUCAAAAGCGUUUAAAACUGUACACAUUUUAAACGGGCACAAAAUUAUCCAUUCUGACGAACGCCCCUACAAAUGUGAGCACUGCUCAAAGGCGUUUAAAAGGGAUAAUAUUUUAAAAGAGCACUUAAAGACUCAUUCUGACGAUCGCCCCUACAAAUGUGACAGCUGCCCGAAGGCAUUUAAGAGCCUACAAAUUUUAAACGGGCACAAAAUUAUUCAUUCUGGCAAACGUCCCUAUAAAUGUGAGCACUGCCCAAAAACUUUUCAAAGAUAUACUACGUUAAAAGAACACAUAAUAAUGCAUACUGGCGAUCAUCCCUACAGAUGUGAGCACUGUCCUAAGGCUUUUACAACCAAAUAUAAUUUUGAAAGGCACAAAAUGACACAUUCUGGCGUUUAAAGGAGAUACUAUGUUGAAAGAGCACAUCUUAAUUCAUUCUGAAGAUUAUUAAGAAGAAUUUGGAAACUGCCUACAAUUUUACCAUUAUUUAACUUUGUUUUAAGCGAUUUGAUCCCUUGGAAUCCUUGUAGAAGAACACCUUCACCCAAAACUUUGUGGUAAUUAUUAAGAGUUUGAAAUUGUAUGGACUUUUGUGAGCAAAAAUAAAUUAACAUUUUAUAGUAAAAAAA